CGCACAGUCCCGAGCCUUCGUCAUUCCACAAUCCACCCUCUAGGUCACAAGGCGAUCGGAGAUAACCACUUAGCAGUCUACUGUUCAGUUCCCGAUGCAGCUCGCGCGAUACGCCAUUGUGUGCAGUCUAGCCCUGUGGUGGACAGCCAUCGUUGCGGCUACAAAUGCCACGACGUACCCAACCAGAUCGGGCAUCAGAACGUGGGUCGAUCCCGAUACACCCGAGGACAGAUACGUGUACACCAGUUCACGCGGCAGGAGAUGGGACCUCGUCAUGAGCGACGAGUUCAACGUCCCCAACCGCAGCUUCCGUGCCGGCGACGACCACAUGUGGACGUCUCUCGAGAAACCCGACGGUGUCAACGGUGCGCUCGAGCUUUAUUCUCACAACAUGACCUCCACAAGAUGCGAUGACGACGGGACCUGCUACUUCUACAUCAAGACUGUCGAUGAAGUGAACGUCAUCCAUGUCUACAACAUGUACACUCACCCUCCCAGUUUCGAGGAUGUCUACUUUUGGUAUCGUGGUGCAAUGGUGCAGUCCUGGAACAAAUUCUGUUACCAGGGUGGGAUGCUUGAGGUGCGAGCACAACUACCAGGAGCUGUCACUGCAGAGUCCGGGAACCCCGACCGAGCACUUGGAGCGAGUGGUAAGGUCGCAAACAACAAGUUCUACCCCACAUGGCCCGGUAUUUGGAUGCUGGGUAACCUCGGACGCGCCAUUUUCUCGGCGUCGACCAACCGGAUGUGGCCGUUCUCCUACAAUCGCUGCGACGCCGAUGUCUUUGAUCCAACUUUCCAACGUAUCAGCGCCUGCGACGACAAUCCAGGAUACGGUCUCAACCCGAACCAAGGUCGCGGUGCACCGGAGAUCGAUGUACUGGAAGGUGGUGGUUUAGCCAUCUCGUCUUCUCUACAGAUCGCACCUGGUAUGCCUGAAGACUACCGUCUUUUCCCUGUGAACACUUCUACCGGAGACUUCAGCUACUGUUUGUACAGCUACAACUGCUUGACACCUGGUGCCAACUACAUCGACGUCCCGACAUCAUACUACCAGCAAGAGCGUGGCCACAAGUCGUGGUAUCAAGGACUUCGAUAUGGAGCCAAUAACUACUGCAAGCAGAAUGCAGAGGAGAAGCAGACGUACGAGACGGUUGCUGCCUCUAUUAAGAAGGGAAUCACAGAGAACACGUGCUCAGUGGACACGUGUCCUGCUUCGGGCGAUGUCAACGCUGACCUGAGCUUGGUCGACGGCAAGGGGAAGAACCACUGGGGUAUCAACACAAACGGCACGUGUUAUCCGCUUAUUAACUCGUACAUGGGCUCCUACUUGUGUGACCCUGACAACACGUUCUCUAAGUGUGCGAAGCCUCGUAAUGAGAGCACGACGCCAAAGUCGAACGCCAUGAAGCCUUUCAACUACCAGAUGGACGCUAUCUCGUCCAAUUGGCCCAUUCACUUCGGUGCGUACACAGGAUAUCUGGACUACCAGGUGGAGUGGGUCACCGGUGAGAACGGAUAUGUACGAUGGCAGCUCCAUGGUGAGCCACUGUUUGAAGUCACAACCGAAUCCAUUGUGAGCGUGCCGCAGAACUCGAAGAAGACGAACCCGCAGAAGAUCAUGAUUGAGGAGCCCUUGUACGUGAUUUUCAACGUUGCUCUGUCCAGUUCGUGGGGUGCUACACCUCCGAAUCCUGGUAAGGAAUGCCGCGGCGACGGCAAGGAUCCAGUCACCAACAAGAUCUGUGACGCCUUCCCCAUGUACAUGAAGAUCGACUACAUCCGUCUGUACCAGGACUUGGGUGCUGAUCUCGAAGCCGACAACUACAUGCAAAUUGGCUGUGACCCUGCCAGUCACCCGACGAAGGAGUGGAUUGAAGGCCACAUCGACGAGUAUGAAGAUGACGAUAACAAGUGGGAGGAAGUCGCAGGCAAGGCGUUCUGCAAGACGAGCGACGACUGUACCAUCGGUGGCACACUAUCCAGAACAGCACUGAAGACGGGGAAAUGCGUCAAGCAGCGCUGUGAGUGUUUGUACCAUUCGUGGGGCGGUCCUCGCUGCACAACUGCCAUCUCGGGAUCGAGCUCUUCUGACACUGGUAUGAUGAGCAAGACGUACGGUCCUCCUAUGGAGGCUUCCAUCGCUCUGGCUGUAGUGGCUUGUCUUCUUUCGGCCACCUCCGUGUACAUGGCGAUUAAGAAAUCUGCUAGACAAUCUAAGGUCGCGAUGGCUGCUUUGGAUGCAGAACGCAAGGCUGCAGCAAACGCUGAGUCAGGCCCGGUGAGCGAAACGAGCAGCAACCGCGGCUCACACCUCGCGGCGGUGUCCAAAGACAACUACCGCCAGAACUUCGUGUAGAUAAUUGCCGUAACUUACAUCGAAAUCAAUGUUAUUCAUGAGUUCAAUGCCCA